AUGCCGAAUGAGAUCAUUGCAAAUGUUUUAUCUCGGUUGACAUUGAAAGAAGCUGCUAGAACCAGCGUAUUGUCAACUACAUGGAGAUAUCAAUGGACCUAUUUCAAUGGUGACUUGGACUUUGAUAAUUCUCUCAGGACUCUUCUCUUGCGUCAUGAGCAUGUUGGACUUUUGACCAAGUGCAAAGUUUUUGUUCGUGAGUGGGAGAGGUUCAUGAGCCGUUUGCAACAUGUGAUGAAAUCGCUGAAAUGCCACUCCAUGCAUGGACUCAGAAUCUGCAUGGAUAUGGGCAACCCUUGGAAGGUGACUGAGUGGGUGAACUUUGCUGCUGAAAAGAAUGUUGAAACGUUGGACCUGGAUUUUUCAUACAAUUUCAUGGAACCAUUCUUUGAAAUAAGUGAGAACAUUCGUAAUGUGUUGUCAAAGAGUUUUGAAAUGAGGGCACUGAGAGUUCUGCGUUUGGCUUCUGUGGACGUGAGUGGUGAGAUCAUUGAGAGUUUUCUAGCAUCUUGUCCACUGCUUGAAACAUUAUGUGUCAGAGGAUCAAAAAGCGUUAUGCGCUUGAAAGUUCAGGGUCAAGGACUGAUGUUGAAGCAUUUGGAGUUGGUUGAAUGUCAUAUUUCGCAUCUUCAUAUCUGUGCUGAAAAUCUGGUGACAUUUUCGUACACUGGAGAUUAUGGAAAUUUUAACUUUGAAACUGUUCCAAGCCUUGUGGAGGUCUCCUUUGGAGGAAAAUAUUGUAAUUACCUGCUAUCGAACAUGGAAGAUGUUCAACUUUAUGCAGUGCUUUCGCAGGUUCAUGUUCUGAAAUUGGAACUGUUCAUACUUUAUGGGGGAAUUCUUGAAGCCCUGCCUGUGUUAGGUAAUGUUAGGCACCUGGAACUGCGAAUUCGUCACAGGUGUGGAGGGCAACUUGAUCGUACUGUUUCAUUGCUGAGUGCAUUCCCUUCAAUAAGUGUGCUUAAGAUUAAGUUCAUGAGGACCACUAUCUGGGAAUUGGAUGAGGGGUGGAAGGCCAAUCUGAAGCAUGAGUAUCCAAACCUGAGGGAGCUGGAAGUGUCUGGGUACCGAAGAGACUCAUGUCAAAUUGAGUUGCUGAUCAGUAUAUUUAAAAAGGCACCAAAUCUGAACAGGAUCGUUGUGGAUCCCUUGACUUCAAUGCAUGUGCAAAGAUCACCUGAUGUCAAGGCCAGCAUUAGAGAAACGCAACGUGAUAUGACAAUAUGGUAUGUUGAUGCUCUCAAACCUCAUGUGCCUCCUUCAACUCAGUUGAUUGUGCUCUAA